AUGAGUAAAGAAAGUGUCGUCAUCGUCGGGGCUGGUAUAUUCGGAAUGUCUACAGCGUUAUGGAUGCUUCAGACUAACGAGUAUGAUGUGACUAUCUUGGAUAAAUCUGAGAUUCUACCUGCUCCAGAUGCCGCUAGCUCAGAUCUGAACAAGAUCAUCCGAGCUGGGGAUUAUGCCGACCCUCAUUUAGCUUCCCUAUCCUUGGAAGCUAUAGGAGCAUGGCGUCAACCAGAAUGGGAAAAUACAUUUCAUCAGAGCGGUCAAGCUUUGGCUGCAAAAGUGUCCGAUCCAAAAACUAGGGGAUUCGUCAUGUCGUCUCUUGCUCAAUGUGAGCGAAUGGGGGUAAAAGCUAUACAUGCUCAAACAAGUGACCAACUUCAAGGAUUCUUUCCUGGUAUCAGAACGGGCAAGUUCGAAGGUCUCGAAGGGUAUCUCAAUACUUCAGGUGGAUGGGCAGAAGCUACUCGCGCUAUGAAAUUAGGUCUUGAGAGGGUACGUCAACUUGGUGGUCGAGUCAGGUCAGGAGCGCAAGUUGUGGGUUUGAUCAAAGAUGGUAUUAAAGUCAAAGGGGUAAUUUUGAAUGAUGGAGAAGAAGUGUUAUGUGAUUUACUUGUGAUUGCGACUGGUGCUUGGACCCCUGGUCUCUUCGCCUCAACAGGCAUCUCUUCCAGACUUCCGCCCAUCAUAGCUACUGGACAAAGUGUAGCCACCAUACAGUUGAACGAAGAAGAAGCACAGAGAUAUUUCAAGGUUCCAGUCGUGUUCUUGAAUAACCAAUUUUACGUUUUCCCACCUGAUCCAAAUGGCAUUGUCAAGUUCGCUAUACACAAUCCUGGAUAUCUCAAUCCGGCAGAAAAUGGAGUUUCAAUUCCACAUACUAUUCUCACUCCAGGUGCAGAGGAUGGGAUGAUACCCCGAGAGAUGAUACUUGAAUUGAGGGAAGGGUUAAGGAGUGUGUAUCCUGAAUUGGCAGGAAACAGUUUUGUUACAACUCGAUUAUGUUGGUAUUGCGAUACAGUCUCUGGUGAUUGGUUAAUCGACUAUCAUCCAGAAUACGAAAAUCUAGUUUUAGCUACAGGAGGUUCGGGACAUGCAUUCAAGUUCGCACCUAUCAUAGGCAGAGAAAUCCUCAAAGUCAUCAAACGGAUUCCAUCACCCGAAUGGGCUGAUCGAUGGGCGUUCCAAAUGAACAAGGAAGAUGUAGGUGCGGAUAUCAGACAUGGUGAGAGGAAAUUAUUAGAUUUGAAUCAAUUGGCCACGAAAGAAGAUCUCGGGAUCUUCCGAGUCGUUGAACGUAUGACGAUACAAGUUGGUCUAGCAUCGCGUCUUGUAAAGCAUUUGUAG